AUGACAUCAAAGUGUACAAUCCCGGUUGUGGAGGACGACCAGGUCCUACUUCGGUAUGGCAUUUGUCGGGUACCUCUUCCGCUGAAAUUUGACGCAACAGAAUGGGCCAUGCAACUGUCACAAAUCACGCCUGCCAUCAUGGCAGCUGAAGGUGACAACGAAUACGCCUUCUACCGCAACAUACUGGAAGAACCCGAUUUUCCAUUCGCUUCGAUUUUGGAAUCCGAAAUAGGGGCAGCUAUUUUGCGGCACUUUGCUGUUUCAAAUCUCGAUGACAUUAGGUUGGACGAUGCAUUUUGCGUUCACUACAAUAUGAGCCAGCACGAUACGUCGGGCUCACGACACAAGGACCCUAGCGAUAUCACUGUCAAUCUCUGUCUUGAAAAAUCGGAGGAUGCCGAAGGUUCUCAGGUACUAUUUUACGGCACGCAAGUUCUGCACAGUGUCGAGGGGCGCGCUGAAGACAUAAAAGAGGAAAGUUUUCGCUUUCUGGUUGACCAGCAUCCAAUGCAAGCUACUGUGCACUGGGGCAAUCACAUCCAUCAAACCACAAAUCUCUUUGGCCUAAAACGACCGCCACCUUCGUUAAGGCGGGGCGGUAUGACGAUAUUCCUGUUUGCAAUCCUUUGUACAUUCGCGUGCCGAUAUCAAGUCUUCAUCCGCGCCCAAAGCGAUGACUACGAGUACGUUCAAGCGGUUUUGGAGGAGGAUGAGCUGUAUGGCGACGACGAUGACGCGAGCUUGGACGAAUUACAAUACAAGGCACAACAAGAAGAGAUCCUAAGGCAACGACAAGCACGCGAAGCCGUGGAAAAGCUACAAAAAGAAAAAGACGAAACGUUUGAAAGAGAACUAAAGAGCUUGAACGAGCAACAGCAAAAAAUUGCCCGCAAGCAGAAGAAACGGGACUCUAGGACGGUGGAACUAGUCUUGAGAGCUGCCCGCAGUGAAAACUACUACGAAGUCUUGGGAUUGAGAAACUGGGAGAUUCGGAUCCCUCCACGUCAAGUAAAAGUUGGAAGCUUUGCUCUAAGGAUACCAGGUUUUUCCCUUUUCCAUAUCUCGACAGGGGCGAUUCGUAAAGCAUAUCGAUCUUUAUCGAGAGCUGUGCACCCCGACAAGAACCGGAAUGCCAGAGCUGAGGAGGCUUUUAUUGCCGUGGAAAAUGCUGCUACAGUACUUUCCGAAGAGGACUCCCGUUCGGAGUAUGACCAGACAAUAUGGGAAGUCCGAAGGGAAAAUCGACGGAAGGUUUUAGCCCUCGCAAAGAGUGUUGUCGAUAGAAUGUUUGGCGCAAGUGUGCGUGCCGUCGCUAUCCUUCGAAAAAUUCUUGGUCCUUUUUCGUUUCCAGUGUUUCUAUUAGGCCUGCUCAUUGUAUAA